AUGGUACAGAAGAAUGAAAAGGUAGUCGUGGUCGAGGAUGAUGACGACGAGAUAGAGUCGGUCAAGUCACCAAUCAGAUCGAGCCCUUAUCAUUUGCUGGGCGCAUUCUGUUUCAUAUUGGCGCUGGUGGCGGCGGUGGUCUGCUGCCUCACCAGCACACUGAUCAACACAGACUCGGUCAGGAUACGCGGAUACAUCUUCUUUGCGACAUUCAUCACAUUCAUCAUACUGCUGUUCUUCUGUCUGUGCUGCACGUACUAUCUGGGCGCGUCGAAGGAGGCCUGGGAGACGCCGGCCUUCAACGGCGUGCGCUGGAACUUCACCAACAUCGUGGCCAUGGCGGGCCUCUUUGUGGAGUUCCUUCAGAUCUGCUCGUUCUCGUUCAACGCGACGUUUGGCGCCUUCCUCGGCUCCAACUACUUUGAGGCGUUCAAGUACGUGGCCACACCAUACGCACGCGGCCCCUACUUUGAGGUGGCCUACUGGGUGAUGUUCGUCAUUGCCUUCUCGCCCUACAUCUUUGUCAUUGCCAUCCGUAUCCUUAUCUACAUCUACGGCAUCAAGCGCGGCGCCGAGUCUGCCGCAAAUGUCGUCGAGCGCUACCAGGACAACAUCUACUCGAUCCUCUGGUUCCUGGUCAACACACUCUACUUCCCAGUCAUCACAAUGAUGUUGGCAGGCAUUGGCUGCACAUUCUCCAACGGUGUCGAAGCCACCCUGGACGCCGACUCGUCGAUCGUAUGUCUGCGCGGCAAGCACAUCGCCUUCCUCGUUUGCACGAUGAUCGCGCUCAUCAUCUACUACCCGGCCGCCUCGUUCGCUCAGUCGCAGACACAGAACAUCUCGGACAUCAAGUUCAAGCCCAAGGUCGUGUUUGUCAUGUUGCAAGGCAAGGCCAUCAUGGGAGCCAUCUGUGUGGCCUUUGGAUAUCAAAAGUACUGGGCCUACAUCUCAACAGUGGUCGUGAUCAACUUCUUCUUCCUGACGCUCAACAUCUUCUUCCAGCCAUGCCUGCUGACCUGGGUCAACCGAGUGCGCACCGUCUUCUUCUCGCUGUCGUUCUGGGCGUCCAUUGUGCUGGCCGUCACCAACAUCCGCUUCUUCAACAAGAAGACCGGUCAGCUCGACGAGCAGCUGGCCGUCACACCACUGAUCAUGCUGCUGGUUGGCUGGAUGGUCAUCAUUAUUGUGCUCACAGGAGUCUUCCUGGGCUAUCGUCACAUCUACCAACAACUGCGCAGCAAACUGAGCGGCAAGGCGACCCCCGAGAAGGAGUCGUCCAAGCGCGCCAACAGCAUCGACAACGAGCUGGACGAAUUGGACACGAUCACCCCGGCCGCCACUGGCGCACCCACGAUCACGGUCACGAACGCCCCGCUCUCGUCCUCGCCCAAAUCAACAGAGUUAUCAUCGUCGGACCAGAGCAACAGAUCAACGCUGUCCAAUCAUACACAUGAUGGUCUGUCCGAUGGUCGUUAA